UUUUCCUCUCAUUACCCAUACAUUUGCAUGUUCUUUUAGAUAGACUCCUCUAUCUGCAUUUAUAACGUUUCGAUCUCCUCUCCAUUUACAAAUAUCUACCACGCUUUGCUCAACGACGCCCAACUUCCCAAGAAACGCCCUUUUGCUAUACAUUUGCUUCGUCAACGUUUCUCGUUGUUCGUUAUUCAGACCGAUCUUCUCUUCCCGGUAUCUGUGAUCAGAUGGAUGUCUCUACAAGCUCGUAUCGCCUUCUUGUAUUAUGUCUCCUCUUUCUAUGUCUUCAGUUAUGUGUUGCUCGACGUCUUGCCACCGUGGAGACGAAGCUCGAUAUGGACCAUAAUCACUCAUCAAGCACAAAGCAUAAACCGAGAGUUUUGUUAAAAGAGAAGGCCGACGUAACAAGAAAAGGUCUUGAUGAGACUCAGAGGACCGAUAAGAUCGAUAAGUUCGGUCGGUCAUCCGGUCACGGGGAAGUUGGAUUUGAAGACGGGAAUGCGAAGAUUGAGGGUGAACAAAGAGGAAAACGGGCUUCAUCAGAUGCAACGGCGUCGUCUAAAAGAGUUUCGAGGCCAUGGAAGGUGCCGCAGAAGAAGAAGGGUCCUAGAGAGGAACAUCCUGGAUUCAACCUCGAUUACAUGCAACCCUCGACGCACCCUCCUCACCAUAACUAACUUCCUUUCACCGUUUAUAUCGAAAUUAAUAUAUGUUUUCCCACGUUUUGACCUUUGCCCGGUCCAAAACACAACAAAGUUAAAAACUUUAUAAUAUAUAUAUAUAUAUCAUACGUUAUUAUGAUAAUAUUGUAUAUUUAAUUGAAGUACAAUGUUUCAAUCUUGACGCAGAGACCUCGUGAUUAAGUAUUUAUCAUGUUCCAUGUUAAUAUUUAUGAACGCUGUUGUUCUCCCUUUUAAUUGUAUAUAUUCACGCAUGCACGCAUGCAUACAUGCAUGCAUAU